ACGUUGCAGAACGACGAUCUGUACACCGGUCACGUGACAUCGAAACCUCAUCAUUACUCGCGAAUGAGACACCCUAGCGGUCAUCGGCGGCAACGACGGAAUGACCAGCAGGUUUUAAUGCGCGACACCGCCGCCGACAGUUAUUGCCCAUUGUUUAUGGAGAACGGAUGCAGGAGAGACUUGCACAAGCUGUACUGUGAAAUCAUGUCGGAAGCGGUGGAGGACUCUGAUAUAGAAAGCGAGAUUCAGACGAGAACAACGAAGGAUUGGCGGAACUCGAGGCAACACGGGAAGAACGAGCCGGAAGACAAGAACAUUCGACAGUGGCGGAACCGCGAUCAGGAGAAUCUGCGCCGUAUGAAACUGGAUCUCGAUGUGUCCCGAGACGACGGUCGAAAGUACGGGGAUCCAGGAAUGGACGACCUGGAGGAAAAACGACCAAAGAUGAAACUUUGCAACGAUGUAAACUUACUCGAAGCGUUUCGGGAUAAACUUCCGCAAAAAUCACCCAGACCUCUAACCAAUUCUAAACGACAUGUUUUUCUUGAACUAAAGGGAUCUUUGGUUACAUACGUACUUUCUUCGUUGCUCGGGACAAUGAUGUCUGAUAAUUCCGAUUAUACGAAGGAGAGAGAGUCUCAGAGGCAAGAAACGGAGACGUUACACAGCCAGAGACGACGGAAAGAUUCGACCGUUCGAAAAAGUGUCGAAUGCAAAGGCGAGGAUGAGUCGACGAAUCGGGAGGAGAUCAAGGACGACGCUCGUUGCGAGAUCGUCGUCAAGGACGAUGAACAGGAGACCGUGAUCAGGAAGAAUAUUUACGCCGGUGGUGAUCUGAAUCUGUGCGCGACGAAAAGUCAAAUCCUUGGUUUGAUCGACAAGGCCCUUAGCAACGGAUUCGGCUCGUCGACGGAUCAGGCAAAGAGUGUCGACUCGAACCGAACGUUAACGAAAGAGAUCUACAUAGAGAUCAGACGGGCGUUGCAGGGCGAUUUCUGCGAGUCCCUCGAGGACGUGCUGACCAAUCGUGGUUUCAGCCAGGAGUGUAUACAGCAACUGAAGAUGCUCCGGUCCGAGCAAAUGAAUCACAUUCGGGACAUGUUCAGGAAGCUGUGCAAGCUCCAGAAACUGUUGGACUCGUACUCGCCGAGACAGUCGUCGAUGUCCACGUCGCAAAUGCAUCCGAGCGCGGUCAAGCAACGUGUCGUCGAGGAACGACAGCAACAUGACGAGAAAUAAGGGGGUCCUUGGAACCGAUUGGCUUUCCCGACAACGGGAUCCUCGUAACUGUAUCGUCCGAAUAAUAUAACAGCUCGAGGCUGCGACGGCGGGGACGUCCACUCUGCAAAAACGUUUAUAGUUAACGGCUUUUCUUUUUCUUUUUUUUUUAUACACUGUAUUUUCUAGCGAUUUUAACACGAGGCUCGAAAAAGCGCACGGUAACAAAAACGAACACAGCAUGAAAUAAAAUAAAUAUAUAUUUCCUAAUAUAAGUAAAGAAAUAAAUACUUUCACAGCGUUUACCAUGUUGCUCGGAAUCUGUAAGAUUCUUAUCGAUCGUCUCUACGGACAAUCGACUGGUCAACUACUCGGAGACGUUCAUUGCCGUCUUCUUUUGUGACUUUUGUUUUUAGUCUAUCGUUUCCUUGGUUCGACAGAACUUUUCUCGCAUCAGAAUCAUCUUGAUCGCCACAAUUAUUGUAAAUUGUAACCUGUUCAUGGGGCCCUUCCCUCCACUGUUGCCAGAACUGACCCCCUCGAAACACUUGUGUUUUGUAGAGUUCAGUAGUCUUAUCUCGGAUGGAGUAAUGCGAUUAAUGGUACUAAUCCGCGGCAACGUAAUUAAGCACGUAUACGCAAAUAUUCAGGGUGUCUCAAAAUAGCUUGGACUCCCGAAAACGAGGGGUUCCUGGGAUGAUUUGAAACAAC